AUGGUAACACAUUUACUGAUCCACAAUGUUGGAAUGGUGUUGGGUAAUACACUACAAGAAGAAUUCGACGCAAAUGUUGAUGCGACUGCGUUUACUGAUCUCAAGAUGGAUCACACGAACUGGCUUGUAUUUGAGGGGGUGAAAUUCAAUGAUGAUGAUGAGAUGACUACAAUGAAUGUCUACUGGGCUAAUGAAGUGGACAAAGAGAAAGUACACUAUACUCUCAAGAAUCAUAGUUUGGCUAAACUUAAGCUAAAAGGUGCUGUUGAACAAAUAUCACACAACAAUAACGAAAUUGGUGAUGCUGAUGAUAUUAGAAUAUUCUUAAAGAACAAAACCAAAGAUAAUGAUGAGUUCAAAGAGCUACAGGACAAAGCAUACGCAAAGGUCAAGGAAUUGAAUGCUGAUGCAAUCAAAAUAGUACCAAGAUACCUGUGGCCUUUCAUCCUACAAUACAUCGAUGAUUUAGAGUUCAUGGAUUCAUCCGGCAAAGCAAUUGAUUCAAUAUCACUUCUUGAACGACGCAAUGCAAUCAUUGAUUUGGUUAAAGACGAAAACGUGUGUGUGAAUUUGAGAGAGGUUCUUACAGGAGCAAUAGGUGCGUUGAAGGGUGGCAAAAAGAAAUUCAAGUUCUACUUGACAUUCAAGCAGGGAGCAGCGGAAAAGAAGACUGAAAUAAUGGAAGUGGAUAUUACAGACGACGAUAAUUUCACUUUGACUGGAGUGGACGUUUUGGAUGAUCCAGUGUUCAAGACUCGCAAGAAGCAUACGACAACAAAGACGAAGCCUAAGACUAAGCCUAAGCCUAAGACUGAGACAGGCGAAAAGAAGUCAUCAAGUAAGGAAUUGGGCGCAUCCAAAUCCAAGCUUAGUAAAGGAACAAUUGCACUGCUAGUGAUACUGGCAGUGUUGGGCCUGGCUGUGAUUGGUGGAUUGGUCUACUACUAUCUGGUAGUAAUGAAGCAGAAUCCAAAGAAAAUGAGUAUGGAAAACAAGUGA